AUAAAAUAAGUCAAGAAAUACACAUGUGGUAAUAAUAAUAAACACAUACAAAAAUCAAAACUAUUGAACAACGGAUAUUUAUUUCCGUUUUGAUGGGUUGGUUUAUUGAUACUAUAUUUUUUCUGUAAAUUCAGAAAAUUUUCUCAAUUUUUCUCCCACACACACACACCCGCAGGGAUUUUAUUGAAUCAAAGAUUGUGAUUGGGAGUCUUAGCGUGGGCGCUGGGUGUAUGAGCUAGGGUUUUGAGUGGACAGAUCUGAGUACGAGUCUGCAAUUCGGUCGCUGCACUUCGGGAAUUCAACAUGUUCUGGCGCAUGGCUGGUCUCUCCACUGCAUCCCCAGUGGAGACCAUCUUGGAUAAAGAUGAUUUUACACUGGAGGAGCUAUUGGAUGAGGAUGAAAUCAUUCAGGAAUGCAAAGCUCUUAAUGGCCGUCUCAUUAAUUUUUUGCGGGAAAGAGCUAAAGUAAAACAACUGGUUCAAUACAUUGUGGAAGAACCUCCAGAAGGUGCCGAAAAAGAACGAACAUUCAAGUUUCCUUUUGUUGCUUGUGAGAUUUUCACUUGUGAGGUUGAUAUAAUACUUAAGGCCUUGAUAGAGGAUGAGGAGUUAAUGGACCUGCUGUUUUCCUUUUUGGAACCUGAGCGUCCCCAUAGCACUUUGUUGGCUGGUUAUUUCAGCAAGGUUGUUGUGUGCCUCUUACUGCGGAAGACAACUCCUUUAAUGAACUACAUACGAGCUCAUCAGGAUAUCAUUAGAAGGCUAGUUGACCUAAUUGGAAUUACUUCUAUAAUGGAGGUUUUAAUUCGUCUCAUCGGCGCUGAUGAACAUAUUUAUACCAACUGUGCGGACUCUAUGCAGUGGUUGGAAGAUAUGAAUGUGCUGGAAAUGAUUGUUGACAAAUUUAGUUCAUCUGACUGCCCUGAAGUACAUGCUAAUGCUGCAGAAACACUUUGUGCAAUCACUCGAUAUGCUCCGCCAGGACUAUCUUCAAAAAUCUCCAGCCCAAGUUUUAUCGAAAGACUGUUCCGACACGCACUGGAGGACUCACGGCCAAAAUCUGUUUUGGUUAACUUGCUGUCCGUCUGUAUAUCCUUGCUAGACCCAAAGAGGUUAACUUCAGGAACAUAUUACAUGUAUACCCGUCAAAUGACACAUGGAUCAGGAACUGCUGCUAGUCCUGAAACUGUCCGAGGCAUGCUAGAUGGACUAGGUGAUUUGCUCAAGCUUUUGGAUAUUUCAUCGGAGGAUCGUGUCUUGCUAACUACUUAUGGCAAAUUGCAACCCCCACUAGGAAAGCAUCGUUUGAAGAUUAUAGAAUUCAUCUCAGUCUUGGUCACUGUUAGCAAUGAAGUUGCAGAAAAGGAAUUGAUUCGCCUGGGUGCUGUGAAGCGUAUUCUGGAAUUGUUUUUUGAGUAUCCAUACAAUAAUUUCUUGCACUAUCAUGUGGAACACAUUGUAUUAUCUUGCCUUGAGAGUAAGAACCCUCAGUUUGUGGAACAUCUGCUUCAUGAUUGUAAUCUUGUUGGGAGGAUUCUUGAAGCAGAAAAAAACUUCACUUUGACUGUUGAUACGACCAAGCCUACUAUAUCCUCGGAGGGAAGAAAACCACCCAGGAUAGGGAAUAUUGGUCACCUAACCCGUAUUGCUAAUAAACUUGUCCAAUUGGGGAAUAGCAACAGUGACAUAGAGACAUUUCUGCAGGAGAAUAGUGAUUGGGUUGAUUGGCAAACAAAUGUCCUGCUUAAGCGGAAUGCUGUGGAGAAUGUCUUCCAGUGGGCUUGCGGGAGGCCCACUGCACUUCAGGAUCGGAAUAGAGAUAGUGAUGAUGAUGAUUAUCAAGAUAGAGAUUAUGAUGUUGCAGCAUUGGCAAAUAAUUUGAGCCAGGCCUUCCGAUAUGGAAUCUACAGUAAUGAUGAUACUGAGCAGGCUCAUGGUUCGAUUGAGCGGGAUGAUGAGGAUGUUUACUUUGACGAUGAAUCUGCUGAGGUUGUCAUUUCUUCACUUAGGUUGGGCGAUGACCAUGAAAGCGGAUCCCUCUUUACAAAUUCCAAUUGGUUUGCGUUUGAAGAUGGGAGAACUGUUGAUGAGCAUGGGACUGCUCCAGUUGCUUCUUCAUCCCCCAACACCGAAGGUCGCGAUGGUGUUGGAGGAGCUGAUAACGUGGUUGUCGAGGAAGAUGCGGACUUGGCAGAUACUGCCGCAGCAGAACCUUCCGAGGAGAAAUCAAAUGCUGUUGAUGUCAUGCCUACUAAAUUGUUGGAUGGUUCCUUAGAAAGUGAGACUAGUUCAUCCGACAAACCACCCGAGUGGGUCGAGUGGAGGGAAAGUUCCGGUUCUUUUGAAAACCCUCCGCCCUCUAAUACUGCAAACACAUCUGAUGAUGCAGAGCAACUCCCAUCUUUACCCAAUGGCGAACUGCAGGUGGCAUUAGAGGAUCAACCCGAUAAAACGGCUCAUGAGCCUGCAGAAACUUGCCAGACUGAAAGUGAUGAUACAAAAGAGUCGUCUACCAAUCCUUCACAAUCCACACAAGCGACUGAAGGGAACCUAACUAUUGAAGGGGACGACUCUUCUGGACCUACGGAACGUGAAAAAAAGGAUGACUGAUACAUCGAACAAACUGUAAAUUCUUAUGCUAUAUCGUGUCGAGAUGAACCUGGCACUGGUAUUGAUGGAGAGCGGGCGACUCUAGGAACGAUGCUGCUCAUCACAGGUAGAGAAGCAUGACCCCAAACUUGCCUUCUUGUACCGGGGUUAAACUAAAGCGAAGCUGAAUGCUGCUUGUCCAUCACCCGCGCAAUAAAAGUGCUUUAGCUCAGCCGAGGCCUAACAGCUACUGAAGAAAUCUGUAGAGUCUGUCUUCUUUUUCAACUGAUUUUCGAGUUUUUAUGUACUUGUAGGUAAAAUCUGAGUUGCAGUUGGAUUGUUGGAUGUGUAUGUUGGCAAGAUCUUGUUUAUAUUUGGUGCUUAUUUUCUCUUGUU